UGUUUUGACACCACGCAAACAUGUCUGAGAAAAAGGAAAAAUCUCUGAUAAAUAGUGAAAAACCGAGAAAAAGAAAAGCCGAAAAGGAUAGAGGGAAAAAGGAGGAAAUAGAAAAAAAUCUCCCGGAUGAACCACAGUCCGAUGAGGAGGGCGCUUCCGAGACUCGAGAGCCUACAGAGGAGGAAAUCCAAGAGAGCAAGAAGCCAGAGAAUCAACUCAAUGUCGAGACUGUGCGAGGUAAAAAGAGAAAAUUAACACAGAAAAAUGUAGAGCAGUCUAAGGAAAAGCUGAAGAAUCUUGAGAAGGAAUCAGCUGUUACCUACCUGAAGAAGUGGAAGAAUGAGAAGAAUCGAUGGAAAUUUGAAAAAUUGAAGCAGAUCUUCAUACAGAAUAAUGCCCUCAAUGAGGAUAAAUUCGAUGAGGAAAUGUGGCCAAUUGUUUUGGAGUACCUGGAAAAGAGCAAAGGCGCCAGUCGGAAGUUUCUAAUCGAUACAGCCGAAAAGGUUAUUCAGGAAGUUGAUCAGGCUAUCGAGGAGGACUCCCAGAAGACUGCACUACUAAAAGGGAGUCGCUAUUUGAGGGCAAGGGAGCUCUUACAAAUUUUGCAUUAAAAUCUAUUUGUCUCAGAA